AUGACCAUGACACUGGUCCCCCACGAUCCUCGCGAUGCCGAGGACGCCCCGUUCCUCCCCAGCGCCGACAGCGCCGACAGCGCUAGCAACAGCAAUUCCUCCCCCUGGGACCGCAAAGAGCGCAAUGAACCCCAUGCGAUCGAUCCGAAACUCCGUCUCCGCCUCAUGGUGACCCUGUUCGCCAUGGUCCUGGCCAUCGAAGUCGGCAUCGUCAUGGCCGGCGGACCAAUGACCCAGAUCUAUGAGUCCAUCACCUGUCGCGAGUUCUAUGCCCGCACCGAUCCGUCCCACAUUGGCCCCAGUGGGUAUGUCGAAGAGUCGCAGUGCAAGCUCAAGGAAGUUCAGUCUGAGUUGGCGGCCGUCAAGGGGUAUAUGGAAUUCUUUGACGGGAUUUUGAGCGUCUUUAUGGCCAUCCCGUACGGUUUGAUGGCCGAUCGCUCCGGCCGCAAGCCAACCAUCAUGCUCAGUAUCCCCGGUUUCUUCCUCAACGGCUUGAUCAAUCUCGUCGUCAUCUGGUAUUCUGACGUGCUCCCGCUGCGGGCCGUCUGGGUUUCGUCCUUGGCCUGGUUGAUCGGGGGAGGACCCGUCGUGGCCUUUGCCGUCUCGUGGACCAUGAUGUCCGACGUCACCACCGAAGAAGAAAGGGCGCCCAUGUUCUUCAAGUUCGGCGUCGCCAGUAUGGGGGCCGACUUUGUCACCAGCUUGGCGAGUUCCUGGCUGAUGGCCAUGAAUCCGUGGAUUCCCCUGUUGGCGGGGUGGUCAAUCGUGAUGGGAGGGGUCUGUCUGACACUGACCCUGCCUGAGACCAUGCACACAGUACGCGCUCAUCCUUCGUCGCCGUCUCCCAGCAUCGAGCUCUCUCGAUGGUCGCACGAAGACCUGGAGAGUCACACAAGGCGGGUUUCGAAGGAACCCGGCCCAGACGACUGGAACGAUUUCGAGUCUCCCAAAGAGGGCGAAACACGACUCCCGCGAGGCGGCCCUAGCACACCACCCCCGAUGAUCGUCAAGCUCGUCGCCCGGUGUCGCGCCUAUCUGACACCCUAUUCCUUCAUCUUUCGCAACAAACACUUCACGCUUCUCCUCUCCGCCUUUCUCGUCUAUCGCCUGAGCCGCGGCUCCUCCUGGUUCUUAGUCCAGUACAUCUCCACCCGCUACCACUGGAGCCUUGCGCGGGCCAACUUUCUCAUGUCCUGGAAGCCCGCCCUCACCAUCCCACUUUUUCUCUGGAUGCUGCCAGCCAUCUCCCGGCGGCUCCUCCGCACCAUGAAAACAAAUCAGAAGGACCUGUACCUCGCCCGUGUCAGCAUCAUAUUCCUCAUAGUAGGCACCCUGGGCAUCGGCCUGUCGCCAACAAUCGCCACGCUGAUCCCCAGCCUAAUCGCCCAGACCGCCGGCGCAGGCUUCGUCUUCCUUACGCGAUCCCUCGUCACAACGCUCGUCCGGCGCGAAGAAACCGCCCGGCUCUUCACCAUGAUCGAAGUCCUCCAGUCCGUAGGCAACGUCGUCGCCAGCCUGUCCAUCACAGCCGUCUUCCAGAUCGGUCUAGAGAUGGGCGGGGUCUGGAUCGGCCUCGCGUGGAUGAUGACAAGCACAGCAUUUACCCUGGUCGGGCUAGCCAUUUGGCUGUUCCGGCUGCCUCCCUCCCCGGUGGAAGAUGGCCAUUUCGACGAUCUCUGA